AUGGGAGCGUAUCAGCUCUCCAAGUGUCGAUAUCUUAGGUCUACACUCCAGCAGCCUCAAUCUAGCAGAAGGGUAAACGAUGACAAACGGCAAGCGGACAUAGAAGCGAAGAUCAGAGAUGAUAUGGAGAAGGCGAUGAGGAAGCAAUUGGAGGCGAUGCGGGAGGCGCAAGAGUUCGCCAACGCGGAGCUGACCAGGGCCGCGCAGGCAUAUCUUGAAGCAAGGGAUCUCUCCUUACCACGAUAUGGGCCAUCACGCACAUCCACCAGACAAGCGGCACAGACUGAGAGGCUUGCUCAACGGAGCACUCAGCAGCCUACUCAACGGUCUUCACGGCGAUCGACAAAGAGAACUUUCGGGCGUGUGAACGACGAGCCCCUGCGCAACCGACUCAGCUGUCACAGUCUGACAUCGACCGAGAGAGAGAACAUCAAGAUCGUCAUCAUCGAGGAAGGAAUUGUUAGAGUAAUAGGCGUUACAAGCACAUACAACUCUGGCCCGUAUACGCGCAGUGUACAGGGCCUAGUGGUCUGGGGUGUCAAAGGCGUCUUUUCGACACUCUAUCAGUUGUUCGUGAACCCGACCUUCUUGGACUCAAGUUUUUUGUCGAGAGAACGGCUCACGAAAAUCGAAGUGCUUUGGGAGAGAAUGUCAACUUGUUGCCUGCGCCUGUCCUUCCGAUCACAAUCGUUAACUUCUAGACCCUUUGGUCUUGCCACGUUUCGCAUGGCCCGACGUGUCGAGCCGCGCCUCAGCACAGGCAGCGAAGUCAAGCGAGUCCGUUGGACUAUCUCAGAGGACCAAACAGAUGACUGUAUGGUCGUGAAGAGGCGCCGUUUAGCGUUCAUGAACCCUCAUGGCAAAUCACUAUCUCAUGUGUCGGCUCGAAUAUUAGUGCCGAGAGUCAUUGCCGAGGCAGCACCGUCCUCUGAUGCUGAAGAGGCUGACCUCAUACGAAAACCCUCGCUGAAGCCGAGGCCUACACGACCCCAGAUGAACGACCGAGUACCUAUGCUACCGCCAGGAAGACUCCCGCCAAGAGCGAUUCCCCAUGGCCGAUCCCCCUUCGCACCUCCGCCCGUGAACAAGCGGCAGGCUUUCAUGCCGCUGCCGAGCAUCAAUUCCUCACGAGCCAGGAGGAGGCAGGCAGGUGACAACGGGCGAGGGACCCACGACGAGCUGAAGGAUCUGUUGGGCCUUUGGCGCGGCGACAAGAUGCAGAAGCGCAAGGAGAAGCAGACGUCGGAACGCAGACACGAGCCCGCCCGUGCUUACCAAUUCGGCCGUACCAUCAUUAUCGAGGACGCGGACGGCGAGGUCAUCAAGGAAUACGAGCUACCGCUGCAACAGAAGCCUGAGAACCAACCGAGCCAGCUGAGCCGAGACGAGGGCCUACACUUGAGCGUCGGCGACACACGAUCCCCGGAACCAUACCUGGAUGGCAAGAUGCGGUCCGCACGCAACCCCUUCGAGCAGUCAACCACCGGCAGACUGCGCAAGAUCUCCAACUUGCCCGCAGCCACUCAAUAUCUGCAAAAGAUGCGUCAGACACUGGCCAAGUACCCCAACAUGGCUCAGAAUCAACAGCUUCUACAGCAUUUGCAGCAGCUGAGCGCCGCGCAGCAGACGUGCACCAUUUAUAUGCGCCCCGGUCAGGAUGGCGGUGAAUCAUGA